GAGAAUCGCAUCACAACAACUUGCACCUACACACCCACAAACAUUCUAGCUGAACCAGUCUGUCCUGGCUUUCACUCGAGUGGAAAUAUGCAACGAACGUUGAAGUCAAUGGGGGCCCUGCCAAGUAUGGCAAAGGCUUUAGAUCUAGAUGCGGGAUGGACCGGACCUCAACAUUCCCCAUCCACCAUGUUGUCCGCCGUCGCGCGCAGACAACUCCUUGCGAGCAAGAAACUCGCUCACCGUCGCCUACACGCACGGCUCUCCUCCACUUCCUCAAACUCGUCAAAUCCUUCCGGGAAUAUCUCCAAAUAUCUCGGAAUGGCCUCUGCAGCUUCCACUUUGGCCGCUGCUUCCUAUACCGCCGGUUCACUAUACCCUCCCACAAUCGCGACCUACGUCUCUCCCCGUUCCGCACCUCCCCCACCAGACCCCAACGCGCCCGAAUCAAUAGCAUAUGUCGAAAGUCUCGAAGACUCUCUUCAGACGCUUUCUAUUCUGGAGGCACACCGACAACGUGAUGAUGCCCGUCAGUGGUACGAGACUCGACCGUUCGUGACGCUUUCCGAGGAACGCAGGGCGAAUAGCUUGACUGCGGGUGCACUCCGAGGUCCCGGGAAGCUUGCUCUUCCUCCGCUUGUCAGGGCGAAGAGGGAUGAAAGCGAGUCUUGGAUCUUCUUGCAUGUGGGACGGGGUCUUUGUGGUCAUGAGGGUAUCAUCCAUGGUGGUCUUUUGGCUACUUUGCUCGAUGAGAGCUUUGGCCGGAUCGCCUUGUUGAACUUGCCAGACAAGGUUGGGGUCACUGCCAACUUGAAUAUCAGUUAUAAAGCACCUACUCGUGCUGAUCAAUUCAUAGUGAUCAAAACACGUCUGGUUGAACAAAACGGCCGCAAGGUUACCGUCUCCGGUUGUGUCGAAGACUUGGAGGGAACUGUUCUCGUUGAGGCGACUGCCCUCUUCAUCCAACCCAAAUACGCCAAACUCCUCAACACAAAACAGAUUCGCGAGAUCAUGGGCGAGCCUCCCAUCGACGAACCUCUGACCGAAGGAACAGGUUCUCCCUUCCCCGCAGUAGUAGCCCUUGACUCCUGAGGCUGAAUCAGCUUGAUUUAUUCUGUUGUUCCAAUGGUGUACCCGAAUGGCCUUUGGAUAGUCUCGGCAGUUCGAAGACUAGCAUAAGACAUUAUUGACUACUGCUUAUAUGGUAAGCUCGUAAACUCAGCCUUCCCCCCGCUCCGCUACCGCUGCUCGCCCUUAUAUGGUUCUUUGAUAUAUGGUAUAUAGAGAACGCUUGGAUUUUUCAUAGGGAUAGAACAACAGGCUAAUACUAUAGAAUAUGUCACACCUUGAAUUCAAUCGCUACAGUCAUUACAAUCGUGAAAUAUCAAUCAUUGUCUUAUUC